AUGAAGUGGUUUGAUAGCCUUCCCCCUAGGUCAGUCACCAGCUUUGACGAUCUCUCGCAUAAGUUUCUUACGCGAUUUUCAAUUCAGAAAGAUAAGGUUAAGCAUUCCCCUAGUCUACUCAGAGUAAAACAGGAGGUCGGAGAGCCCCUGAGAGACUACAUGGAAAGGUUCAACAAAGCAUGCUUGGAGAUCCAAGACCUGCCUACUAAGGCAAUAAUAAUGGAACUUGUCAAUGGACUCCAAGAAGGACCCUUCUCUCAGUCCAUCUCAAAGAGACACCCGACUUCUUUGAGCGAUGUACAAGAACGAGCCGAAAAGUACAUUAAUAUGGAGAAAAACGCUAGGUUACGAGAACCAAGUUGGCGACACCCCCACCAGCCAAUGGAAAAGGAGAGGGAGCCCAAGAGAAAGGAAGAAGUUGGACUUGAGAAGCUUAGAAGAUAUCACACUUAUACUCCUCUACGAGUUUUCCUAGUGGAUGUCUACAAGAUAAUCUGUCAUACUGAAAAGCUUCCUCCCCCACAUCCUAUUAAGAACAAAAAUGGUGGAAGCCGUAAUGAAUACUGUGAAUAUCACAAACUGUAUGAGCACCCCACAAAUGAUUGCUACGAUCUUAAAAAUGAGAUAGAAAAGUUGGCCAGAGAAGGAGGGUUUGCUGGAGGGGGGUUGACCAAAUCGUCUCGAAAAAGACAUCUGAAAGAAGUCUAUCAAGUUGGGAGCGAUGGACCCGACCUCCCAACCAUCUCUUUCACCAGAGAGGAUGGACAGGGAAUCAUGCCCGGGCAUGAUGACCCCGUGGUAAUUACAAUGAUCCUUACCAAUGCUCACUUCCACAUAACUAUAGUGGAUCAAGGGAGCUCAGUCGACAUAUUGUUCAAACCGACAUUUGACAAGCUAGGGCUAGAUGAGAAAGAACUAAAAGCCUACUCAGAUGCACUCUUUGGGUUAGGAGAUGCUCCAAUCACGCCACUAGGCUUCAUCUCCCUGCACACAACCUUUGGAAAGAGGUUAAAGUCUAAGACUUUAAGCAUCGCCUUCAUUGUCGUCGACGUGGCCUCCUGA